UCUUCAUACAUGACUUCCUUCAUACAAAGGGCAUGCCAAGACUGCCAGGUAUUGUUUUGAAGCUCUAGAUAGAAGUAUAAGAGAUAUACUUUCUUGCUCUCAUGAUGACAAUCCAAAAUUGCCUUUUGGUGGAAAAACGAUUGUUUUUUGUGGAGCCUUUAGACAAGUGUUGUCUGUCAUUCCUAAAGUCACAAGACAGGAUAUUGUUCAUACAUCUUUGAAUGCAUCACACUUGUGGCAGUAUUGUGCGGUGUUGAAGUUAACAAAAAACAUGAGACUCAAGAACUUCACAAAUGAAUCAGCCAAUCCAAGUAUUUUUAAGCUUUUUGCCGAUUGGAUACUUCAUAUUGGUGAUGGUGUUCUGGGAGGGAGCGAUGACGGAGAAGCGGAAAUUGAUAUACCGGAAAAUUUUCAUGUUCGAGAAAUGUCUGAUCCCAUUGCAUCCAUUGUCAAUGCUACUUAUCCAGAUUUUUUGAAAAACAUGAACAACAUCUCAUAUUUUGAAGGGAGAGCAAUUCUUGAACCAACAAUUGAUGAGGUAGACAAGGUCAAUGACUUCAUGCUGCCGCUGAACAGCUCAGAGGAAAAGACAUAUCUCAGUUCAGACUCAGCAUGUUCCUUAACCUCAGACAAUGAGCUCCUACAAGAAAUUCAUUCUCCCGAAUACCUUAACGGCAUAAAAUGUUUUGGUGUUCCAAGUCACAAGUUGAAGCUAAAAGUUGGUGUACCAGUGAUGCUCAUGAGGAAUAUAGAUCAUUCGGCCGGCUUGUGUAAUGGUACCCGACUUUUAGUGACAAAACUUGGUGAAGAUAUUAUUGAGGCGCAUAUGAUGUCUGGAACUAAUGCAGAUGAGAAAUUCCUUAUCCCGAGGAUUAUUCUAACCCCAACAGAUGUGAGGCUACCUUUCACAUUCAUGCAUUGGCAAUUCCCCUUGAUGGUUAGCUAUGCAAUGACGAUGAACAAGAUCCAAGGACAAUCGUUAGAGAAUGUGGGUGUUUUUCUACGAUGACCAGUUUUUGUACAUGGGCAGUUAUAUGUUGCAGUUUCGAGGGUGACGAGUCCGUUUGGAUUGAAGUUCGUGAUAUGCGACGACGAGGGAAAUAGGAAAAAGACCACAAAAAAUGUUGUCCACAAAAAAGUCUUCAAUAAUUUGUAAAAUUGUAUACUUAUUAAACUCCAAAUUUUUUUUAUUAUGUGUUUCUUAGUCGUUACUCUCAUUCCCGUGAUAAAUUAUAAUAUAAUCUUUAAUUUCAUUUAGAGGUAGAA